CAUUUCUAAACCGGGUCCGUUGAUUUCCCCUGAGAAGCCCCAAAUUGAACUGACACGAGAAUAGACAAGGUACGGAGCGAGCUAGCGAGAGAGAGAAAGACAUUGCCAGAUCUCUGAUUUAGGGUUUCGAUUUUCCCCAAAUUCCCAAGGGAGCGAAGAGUGUGUGAGAUUUAGAGAGAGUGGUGUGAGAACGCUGAGUGCUCUUCUGCGAGAUUCCCAAAGACGAGGUCGAGAGAUUUUGAGUUUUCUUUUUCUUUUUGUUGCUGCUGUUUCUUCAAAUUUUAGGGUUUUCAGAUUUCUAUUGUGUUCAAGUUUCCCAUGGAGCAAAGGAAGCUUGUGGUUUUGGGUAUCCCAUGGGAAGUGGAUACUGAUGGCUUGAAAGAAUAUAUGAGCAAAUUUGGUGAGCUGGAAGAUUGUAUUGUUAUGAAGGAGCGGGCAACUGGUCGGUCUCGAGGUUUUGGAUAUGUUACAUUUACAUCAGUGGAUGAUGCUAAGAAUGUAUUAUCCAUUGAACACAAUCUGGGUAACAGGAUGCUGGAAGUCAAAGUGGCCACACCAAAGGAGGAGAUGAAGGCACCGGUAAAAAAAGUUAACAGAAUAUUUAUAGCCAGAAUCCCACCAUCAGUAACAGAAGCAACCUUCAGAAGUCAUUUUGAGAAAUAUGGUGAUAUUACAGAUCUAUACAUGCCAAAGGAUCAAAGAUCAAAAACGCAUCGUGGAAUUGGUUUUAUCACUUAUGCAAAUGCAGAUUCUGUAGAGAAUUUGAUGAAAGAAACCCAUGAACUGGAAGGUUCUACUGUGGUCGUUGAUCGAGCAACGCCUAAGGAAGAUGAUUUCAAGCCAAUUGGGAGAAUGCCACAGGGAGGAUCAAUGGGGAGAAUGUCACAGGGAGGAUAUGGUGCAUACAAUGCAUAUAUUUCUGCAACAACUAGAUACGCAGCACUAGGUGCUCCUACUUUAUAUGACAAUCCGGGUUCAGUUUAUGGAAGGGGAGAACCUGCUCGUGAAGUGGGCAAAAAGAUUUUUGUUGGUCAUCUUCCCCAAGAGGCUACCACUGAGGAUCUUCGCCAGUAUUUUGGAAGAUUUGGCCAUAUAUUAGAUGUUUAUAUUCCCAGGGAUGCCAAGAGAUCAGGUCAUAGAGGUUUUGGUUUUGUGACUUUUGCUGAAGAUGGUGUUGCGGAUCGCGUCGCUCGAAGACCUCAUGAGAUUUGUGGACACCAGGUGGCCAUAGAUUCAGCAACACCUCUUGAUGAUGCAGGGCCCAGUGGGAAUUUUAUGUUGAAUAGCAUGGAUUCUUUUGGGGGAUUUGGUGGUCCUGUGCGACCUUAUGGGAGAAUGUAUGGCAGCCUAGACUACGAUGAUUGGGGUUAUGGAGUUCCCAGGGGGAGGCCGCCAUCAAGAGCGGAUUGGAGGUAUAGACCAUACUAAGACAGCAUGGUUUUAUUGGCGGCAUUGCAUUCCAAAUGCUACUACUACAGGUUUCAGGAACUGUAAUGCAGGUUGUCCUAUUGAGAAUAGUUUUAAAUUAUUAUAAGCUUUAUGAAUUCGAUUACUUAAUCUAUUGUAGACCAGAUAAAUUCUUCAUGUACUUGAACUUAAUAUUGUAUGAUUGAAGAUUGUGUCUAGUUGUAGUGCAUAUAUUAUGAAAAUAUAUUGGCGACUGUUAUUCAUCUAUGAAGGCAUUUCUUGAUAUUUAAUUUA